GCUCAUCGAGCAUUUAUGUCAGCCACUGAGCUCGAGACAUAUAAAAGCUCGCUCUUUGCAGUCUCCGAUUCAUCCCGUUUUUAUCCUUCCACUUCCACUUCGACUUAACUUCUUUUCUUGCACAUUUUGCUUGCAUUUGCUACCCCACAUUCGUUCAUAAUGCGCUCCUUCUCAACGCUCGCCCUCGUGCUCCCCGCCGUGCUCGCCGUGCCUCUUGAAGUCACCACUCAUCAUCAAUAUUCGCCUUCCUCCUGCAUCAUCGCAGACGUCGCUUAUCCACACCCUCGGCACUCCCUCAUUCUCCUUGGCAGACGAGAACUUAGCCCUCCCACCGGACUAUCUGAACGCACUUUCACUGACCUCCUAGUCUGGUGCCACGAGUUCGGUCGUUCAUCCUCUGGCUUGCUCGUAGCUCGUCAGGAAGGUGGCUGCUCUUCAGGAGCUUUCGGGGAUCCGGCAGGGAGUGAGAACGCGGCUGGCACAACCAAUUCAGGAGGCGCCCCAGAUAAUUCUGCAGCGUCAGGUGAUCAGGGUGCAGGCUCUUCCGCCGGGCCUUCGACGAAUCCCGCACCUGCCGCUUCGCCUGCCAACUCUGUAGCUCCCUCCGCAUCCGCCGACUCUCCAGGGGGCACACCUUCGGAGACGCCUGGAAGUGCAAACGGGCCUACGACAUCUGGAACGUCAGCCGGCAGCCCCGCCAAUAACGAUGCUUCCGGGACUCCUGCCAACCCUGCGGGAAACAGUCCCUCUGGAGACAUAACUGGGACAACUAGUCCCGCGGGUAGCAACACGCCUGAUAACGGGAGUGCAUCCGCCACACCACAGUCCCCCCCACCACAGUCCCCUCCACCACAGUCCCCCCAACCACAUUCUCCUCCACCACAGUCCCCCCCACCACAGUCCGCCCCACCUGCGUCUGAUGAUUCCUCCACUACGACACCCCCGUUGAUAACUAUCGACGCCACCACCCCCCCUGAGGACAUCGGCGCAACGGACAACCUCACCAACGCGGACGUGACAGUAAACUCAGAUCCGACGACCCAGACUACCCCUGGCGGCGUCGACAGUGGUACGGCCGCUCCUACCAGCCCAGCGACGUCUACCCCUCCAGCAUCGGCCAAUUCUCCUAACGCUGCUGGCACGAGUAUAGGUUCUGCUUGCCCAAGUGAUUUCUUGAACGCUGCGGGUGUUGCAUCUGCCGAUCCAGCCGGCGCGGCGACUUGUGAUAACGUAUAAGUUCCUGUAGCAUUGUAAUGCAGAUGUGUUUCUUAC